UGGAAGAUUUAUACCGAAUUCCAGAAGUUGAUGAAGAACAAGGGAUUCGAUGGUACUGCAGGUUUUGAGCAGGUGGAAUCAUGGAUUUCCGAGGUGGAGCGGGGAUUCUACCUGCUGCAUGUUUCCGAUAACCUUAAGGUCAAUGUAGGCACCUACAUACUUACUGGGAAGGCAUUAACUUGGUGGGAGAGUUAUCGGAAGCUACACCAGGGAGAGCCUGAAUUGAGCACCUGGGAUGGUUUUAAGAAGGUGUUCAUGCGAGAGUACAUACCGGAUAGCAAAAAGCGAGAACUGCAAAGAGAAUUUGCAGAUUUAAAGCAAGGGCCAGGUACUGUUGAGCAGUACAAGGAGGAAUUUGACCGCUAUCUGCCAUUUGUGGGUGGCCAAGUUGGCGAUGAGCAAGCCAAAGCCGACAAAUUUCUGUGGGGCUUGAAUUCUGACAUUUACUUGGCGGUAAACCAAUUUAAACCCACCACUUAUCGAGAGGCUGCGGACAGAGCCAUAGAUCAGGAGAAGGCUAUGGCUAGAGUCAAGCCCUCAGGGCAGCCUAGUGGUGGGUCAUCCCUUGGGAAGAGGAAGUUUGAUGGGAGCCAUCGGUCCCUUUUCCUUACACCACCUAGAUCUGAGAUCAGCAAGGGCUCUAGAUGGUCAGGAGCCACCAAGACAGUGAGUCAGGCAUCAUCGGCCCCACGUGCUCGUCCUACUCAGCCUAUUUGCCAUGUUUGUGGGAAGGUCGAGCACACCCGGGAUCAAUGCCACAUUGCUACUGGGGCUUGCUUCAAAUGUGGCAAGCAGGGACGCCGGAUUGCAAAUUGUCCACUGCUAGACCCCAAGACUCAGGGCAUUCAACCUACCUCUCCGCAGGGUUCUACCAGUCAGGGGGCGCAGAAACAGAGUACUGGGGUUCGGAUAAGAGCCCAACAGGCGAGAGCGCAAGUGAUGACUCACAAGGAAGCUGCGGCUACUGACGUAAUCACGGGUACCUUGCCUGUUAACUCUGAUUAUGCACAUGUUUUAUUUGAUUCGGGUGCAUCGCAUUCUUUUAUUGCUCAAUCCUAUGUUUUGAAACGAGCUUUGCCUGUUGAUAUCUCUGAUUGUGAACUGCAUGUGGACACCCCUUUAGGAGGGGUGAUGACUACUAGGGAGGUGUGUAGGACUGUGGAUAUUUAUGUUGAUGGUAGACAGUUGAGUGCUAGUUUGUUUGUUUUAGAUAUCUCCGAUUGUGAUAUCAUUUUGGGGAUGGAUUGGCUGUCUAAGCACUUUGCCUCUAUAGACUGUCAUCGGAAAUGGGCUCAGAAAUAUCUUGUAAAUGGUUGCCAGGGCUUCCUAGUCUCUGUUACUGAUGCUAGUAGUGUGACAUCGAGACUAGAAGACAUACCGGUGGUGCGUGAGUUUCCGGAUGUAUUUCCGGAGGAUCUCCCAGGUUUACCACCGGAUAGAGAGGUUGAAUUUGCUAUUGACCUUGUUCCUGGCACCGGACCCGUUUCCAAAGCACCAUACCGUAUGGCUCCCGCAGAAUUGAAGGAGUUAAAGGUCCAGCUGGAGGAACUCCUUGAGAAAGGGUUUAUACGCCCUAGUGUAUCACCUUGGGGAGCUCCAAUGUUGUUUGUCAAGAAGAAGGAUGGGAGCAUGAGGCUUUGCAUUGAUUACCGGGAAUUGAAUAAGGUGACUAUGAAGAACCGGUAUCCCCUUCCUAGAAUUGAUGACUUGUUUGACCAGCUCAAGGGUGCUCAGGUAUUUUCUAAGAUUGAUCUUCGAUCUGGCUACCACCAGGUGAAGAUUAAACCGGAUGAUGUGCCAAAGACUGCCUUUCGCACCCGUUAUGGUCAUUAUGAGUUCAUAGUCAUGCCAUUUGGCUUAACAAAUGCCCCCGCCAGAUUUAUGGAUUUGAUGAAUCGGGUGUUCAGCAAGUACCUGGACCAUGGAGGAUGGGUAAACCCUCUACUUUGUAAGAGAUUCCAGGCUAUUUUAGCAAAUGUUGUGUGUUUUCUAGCUGCGUUUUAGGAGUUGGAUUACUUGGUAAUUCUGUUGCUCCUUAUCUUCUGAAAGUCUUAUAGUGAAGUUUCACUUUUUUCCAUUUGGAGCUUUGUGGUCUUUUCAUGUGGCUCAUUUUUCUGUAUUGGUUAAUCAAGAGCAGUGAUCAUUCAAUUGAAUUUGCCAUGUUUUUGUGACGAUUGGCAAGCUGUCAUAAAAUUUAACUCUUUAU